CUGAACGCCUCUGAAUUCUUAGGUUUAGUUCUUAGUUCAUAGUCCUUAGUCCUUAGUUCUUAGUCUGUGAUUAUUCAUUUUAGUUUUAUAUAUUUCCUUCUAUUGUAGGUUCGAGUUUUUCUAUUAAUUUUCGAAACAUUAGAAAACAGUUAAUAUGUCAGUCCGUGGGAAAUUGGACCAAGCAUGUAGAGUUGCCGAAGAAUUCACAAAACUUUAUUAUGAAGCAGUAGAUAAACGAAGACAUAUGAUUUCUCGAUUGUAUUUAGAUGAAGGACUUCUAGCAUGGAAUGGAACUGGUGUGACUGGAAAUGAAAAAAUCCAAAAGUUUCACAUGGAUUUGCCUGCUAGUGAUCAUACAUUGAGCACAUUAGACGCCCAACCAAUAUUGGAUGAAGCAGUUAAUAAACAAUUAACUGUUAUGAUCCAAGUGAGCGGAACUGUUAGGUAUCACGAUAAGAUACCCAAAACGUUUCAACAAGCAUUUGUUGUAACUGCAGAUGGUGGCAAGUGGAAAAUUGUUAGCGAUUGUUUCAGACUGCAGGAACCCUUAUCAGAUAAAUACUAACGAGUUACAGAGUUAAUUCUGAUUCAUAAAAUGAAUGGAGGUACACGAUCUCACCAAGAAGCCGAAGCUCGUGGAUUUUAUCAUUAUCCUUAUCCUUCUACUGAUAUGUCUGAUCCGUUAUAGAAGAGGUUUGUUUGAAGUUGUGGACAGUAAAAAUACAGUGAAUUUGAUAUUUUUAAUUUGUAAAUACGUAUAAAAAAUGUUCAAGGACUAAAUGUUGAUUAUAUAUAUUCUGAUGAAGAAAACCUAAA